CCCUCCUGUCAGCCAUCUAAUCAGAGUUUUGCUUUCUUCCGGCUUCAUCCAAUCAGCGCGUAGAGCGGUGACUCACCAUAUAAGGAAAGGCUAUUCCUUAAAAGGAAACAUUGACUCGCUUUAUAUGGUUGAAAAUAGUUCCUGGGCGGUGUGCGGUAUCCUUGCGCCGCGGCUUCUGCUGUGAAUGAGGGGGAAAUAGUUCCGUGCGGUGCGGAGGGUUCCGCUGUCAGUGUGACGGUCGGCCUGUGAUUGGCUGAGGCGCGGUUACGCGGGGAAGCCGGGAGUAGAGGGACAGAUCCCGGUGAGGAGCCGCACGGUGUGCACGGAUAUCCAUGGGCUCCGGCAGCAGCUGUCGGUGAGCGGGACAUGCUUCCCAGCCAGGCCGGGGCCUCCCCGGGGAACGGCUCGUCUCUAGGCCGUAACCCCGGGAUGGCGCUGCCUCGCCGGGCAGGUAACGGCGGCUCUCCGGGCCGGGGGCGGCCGCAGGGAGGAGGAGGAGGGCCCCGCUUCGAGGUGACUCCGGGCGGCGCGGUGGUGUACAGCGGCAGUGAGGCCACCUCCGACUCCGGGGACGACGAUGAAGGUCCGGCCGUGUCCCGCGGGGUGAAGCGCGGCCUGACGGAGCUGGAGCUCGGUGUGCCUGAGCCGGGGGGCCCCGGGGCUGUGUCUGGAGGAUAUCCCGGGUCCAGCGCAGCCGUGUCCGGGGCCAAACCGGGGAAGAAGACCCGGGGCCGCGUCAAGAUCAAGAUGGAGUUUAUCGAUAACAAGCUGCGGAGGUACACGACGUUCAGCAAGAGGAAGACCGGGAUCAUGAAGAAGGCAUACGAGUUGUCCACGCUGACGGGGACGCAGGUCCUGCUGCUGGUGGCCAGUGAGACCGGACACGUCUACACCUUCGCCACUAGAAAGCUUCAACCAAUGAUCACCAGCGAGACGGGGAAAGCGUUAAUACAGACUUGUCUGAACUCUCCGGACUCUCCCCCUCGCUCAGACCCCUCCACUGACCAGCGCAUGAGCGCCACCGGCUUCGAAGAGACGGAUCUCACCUACCAAGUGUCUGAGUCAGACAGCAGCGGAGAAACAAAGGACUCUCUGAAGCCGGCAUUUACCGUGUCCAACCUUCCCGGCACUUCCAGCAUCCAGACAGCGCCCACCACCUCCACAUCCAUGCAGGUCACCAGCGGGCACACCUUUCCCAUCACCAACUACCUGGCACCCGUCACCAGCGCCAAUGGAACGAUCUUGAAGACAGAGGGCGGGGCCAUGAGUUCGGGGGGUCUCAUGCAGCUCCCCACCGGCUUCACACUCAUGUCUGGGGGCGCUGUCGCUCAGCAAGUACCGGUGCAGGCGAUCCAGGUUCAUCCGGCCACUCAGGCCUCCCCGUCCAGUGACAGCAGCUCUGACCUAGUGCAGACGUCAUCCAGUGGAACAGUGACCCUCCCUGCUGCUAUCAUGACCUCGUCUGUGCCCACCACAGUAAGCGGUCACAUGAUGUACUCCAGCCCACAUGCUGUCAUGUACGCUCCCACUCAGGGUUUGGCGGACGGGAGCCUGGCCGUGCUCAAUGCCUUCUCCUCGGGGCCCCCAAUGCAGGUGUCCCACUCCCAGGAUCAGGGCGGAGUGCAGCAGGUUUUUCUCACGGCGCCGUCCGGCACUGUCCAGAUCCCGGUGUCUGCGGUUCAGCUCCACCAGAUGGCAGUGAUCGGGCAGCAGUCUGGCAGCAGCAGUAACCUGACCGAGCUACAAGUGGUUAAUCUGGAGCCGUCGCACAACAGCAAGAAUGACUGACAGCCGUCACCGCCCGCCGUGCAUGGUGGCCGCUGCACAAUGGACUGCGCCACUUAUUUAUUAUUGAUGCCUUUUCACUUUUUAUUUUCUAUUGGUUCUUUUUUUUUUUUUCCCUGCGGCCGUCUCUUGCUGGUGCGCAGGAGGCGGGGCUAGACUGUGGCUGUGUUCAUCCCAUCCAAAGAGCUGAGCGCAUUUAAUUUUUAUUUUGGUUGCUCAGAGACUGGCACCUGGGGGUUCACUGUAGCCCCCAGACCGUGGAUGAGAUGGCGUUUUGCACUGAUGGAGUAGAGGAUUGCUAUAUACUGUUAUACGGGAGGCGCAAAUAGUUUUAAUAAGGGAUGAGAAAAAUACUUUUAUUUUUGUAAAUGUGAAUCCUCAGUAUUUAUGCCAGGAGGGUCAGCACGGGGCCCCCGGCAGGGGAUGGUCAGUGUGAGCCCCAUAGUGAGUGAUGGACUAUCAUUAGGGGGUGUAAUUAGUGUAGGGUCAUAGGAUCGGGACAAUUCGAGUGUGGCCCCCUGAUGGGGUGAUCAUUUUUAUCUGAUUUUAUAAUGAAAGACAAAACAAUGUGAUCAGUGAUCACUUAACCCUUCCUUGGCCAGAAGCCACAUUCAUCAUGUGCCAAGAAGGCGGAGCCAGGAAGAGUUAACCCUCAGUUCUCUGAGGUUGUGGCACUACAAGAGUUGCGUUCUAGCACCCGUCAGUAUUUCGAAGCCUUUCUGAUCAUGUGUACUGUAAUUCUUGGCACUGCCAUCUGGAGGCCUCAGUCAGCUUCUUCUUGGACAUUCUCUGUCUCUCGGGUCCCAGUAUAUGGAGAUGACUUCCAGAUGGGGGUAGUUGGUUUGGGUCCUAGUAUAUGAAGAUGACAUCCAGCCUUGGGGGUUGGUUUGAAUCCCAGUAUAUGGAGAUGACAUCCGGGGGAAUUGGGGUUGGUUUGGGUCCCAAUAUAUGAAGACGACAUCCAACCGGGGGGGG